UCAAUCAGAUCCCUGGGAUUUCUGCCUUUCUGUCUCAAGGCGUGACUGCAUUUUUUUUGUCAAGGUUACCCGUGGAACAUAAGCAAUGGAUUCCUUGGACCACAUGCUGACGGACCCCUUGGAACUGGGCCCGUGUGGGGAUGGCCAUGGCACGCGGAUCAUGGAGGACUGCCUCCUGGGGGGCACCAGGGUGAGCCUGCCGGAGGACCUUCUGGAGGAUCCUGAGAUAUUCUUUGAUGUGGUCAGUCUCUCAACGUGGCGGGAAGUCCUAAGUGACUGUCAGCGUGAGCACCUCCAGCAGUUUCUGCCCCACUUUCCCGAAGAUGAAAUCCAGCAGCAAAACCAGCUCAUCCUCGCCCUGUUCAGUGGGGAGAACUUCCGCUUUGGGAACCCUCUGCACAUUGCGCAGAAGCUUUUCCGAGACGGACACUUCAACCCCGAGGUGGUCAAGUACCGGCAGCUGUGCUUCAAGUCUCAGUACAAGCGCUACCUGAGCUCCCAGCAGCAGUAUUUCCACCGGCUGCUGCGGCAGAUCCUGGCCUCGCGGAACGACCUCCUGGAGAUGGCCCGGCGCAGUGGCCCCGCCCCGCCCUGCCGGCAGAAGCGCCCGUCGCCAUCCCGCACACCCGAGGAGCGGGAGUGGCGCACCCAGCAGCGCUACUUGAAGGUGUUGCGGGAAGUAAAGGAGGAGUGCGGGGACACGGCCUUGUCGUCUGAUGAAGAGGCCACGUUGGAUUUACAAGAAAAAUUUUCUUUUGAAGAUCUCAGCUCAUGGCUUCCGAGCUCUCCAGCACGCUCUCCUAGCCCCGCGGUGCCCCUGAGGGUGGUGCCCACACUCUGCACCACGGACAUGAAAACCUCAGAUAAGCUAGAGCUGGGGGAGAGUGACCUGAAGGUCAUGCUGAGGAAGCACCACGAGAAACGGAAAUACCAGCCGGAUCACCCGGAUCUUUUGACGGGGGACCUGACUCUCAGUGACAUCAUGAUGCGAGUCAAUGCUGGCAGGAAGGGCUCUCUGGCAGCCCUGUAUGACUUGGCUGUCCUUAAAAAAAAGGUUAAGGAAAAAGAAGAAAGGAAGAAGAAAAAAAUAAAAAUGAUCAAAUCAGAGACAGAGGAUCUGGCUGAACCCCUGAGCAGUGCUGAAGGGCUUCCACCCCUCUCCCAGGCUCCAUCCCCACUGGCCAUACCUGUUAUCAAAGAGGAGCCUCUUGAAGACCUCAAGCCUUGCCUUGGAAUCAAUGAGAUAUCUUCCAGCUUCUUCUCUCUUCUGUUGGAGAUCUUGCUACUGGAGGGGCAGACCAGUCUCCCUAUGUUGGAGGAGCGAGUUUUGGACUGGCAGUCCUCUCCGGCCAGCUCCCUUAAUAGCUGGUUCUCUGCGGCCCCCAACUGGGCAGAGUUGGUGCUACCAGCCCUGCAGUGUCUUGCUGGAGAAAGCCGUGCUGUGCCUUCCGGUUUCUCUCCCUUUGUUGAAUUCAAAGAGAAAACUCAGCAGUGGAAGUUGCUUGGCCAGUCCCAAGAUAAUGAAAAGGAGUUAGCUGCACUCUUCCAGCUGUGGCUAGAAACCAAAGACCAGGCCUUCUGUAAGCAAGAAAAUGAAGACAGCUCAGAUGCCACAAUGCCUGUUCCUCGGGUAAGAACUGACUAUGUGGUGCGGCCCAGCACAGGAGAGGAGAAGCGAGCUUUUCAGGAGCAGGAGCGUUACAGGUACAGCCAGCCCCACAAGGCCUUCACCUUCCGCAUGCACGGCUUCGAGUCUGUGGUGGGGCCUGUGAAGGGCGUGUUCGACAAGGAGACCUCGCUCAACAAGGCGCGAGAACACUCCCUGCUGCGCUCCGACCGGCCCGCCUACGUCACCAUCCUGUCCCUGGUCCGCGACGCCGCGGCCCGGCUGCCCAAUGGCGAGGGCACACGGGCGGAGAUCUGCGAGCUGCUCAAGGACUCCCAGUUCCUGGCGCCGGAUGUCACUAGCACUCAGGUGAACACGGUGGUGAGCGGAGCCCUAGACCGGCUGCACUAUGAGAAAGACCCGUGCGUGAAGUACGACAUUGGGCGGAAGCUGUGGAUCUACCUGCAUCGCGACCGGAGCGAGGAGGAGUUCGAGCGGAUCCACCAGGCCCAAGCGGCUGCAGCUAAAGCCAGAAAAGCCCUUCAGCAAAAGCCCAAGCCCCCGUCCAAGGUGAAGUCCAGCAGCAAGGAGAGUUCGGUGAAGGUCCUCGGCGGUGGUCCUUCCGAGCAGAGCCAGAUGAGCCUCAGUGACUCCAGCAUGCCGCCCACCCCAGUCACGCCUGUGACCCCCACCACCCCCGCUUUGCCCGCCACCCCUAUCUCCCCUCCACCUGUGUCCUCAGUGAACAAAAGCGGCCCGACUGCUGUCUCAGAGCCAGCCAAAUCUAGUUCAGGGGUUCUUCUCGUAUCUUCCCCGACGAUGCCACAGCUGGGGACCAUGCUUUCCCCAGCUUCCAGCCAGACUCCACCGAGUUCUCAGGCAGCUGCCCGGGUUGUGAGCCACACUGGCUCGGCUGGGCUCCCCCAGGUGCGGGUGGUGGCCCAGCCCGGCCUUCCCGCCGUGACCCAGCAGUCAGCGGGGCCGGCACCCACCCUGCCGCAGAUUCGCGUUCCAGCCACUGCCACACAGACCAAAGUCGUGCCCCAGACAGUAAUGGCCACCGUGCCGGUCAAAGCCCAGACUGCGGCGGCCACGGUGCAGCGGCCUGGACCCGGGCCGGCGGGGCUCACGGUGACGAGUCUGCCUGCAGCAGCCAACCCUGUGAGCAAGCCAGCCGCCAGUUCCCCUGGGAGCUCCGCUCAGGGUGCUCCCACAGCUGCGGUCAUUCAGAACGUCACGGGACAGAACAUCAUCAAGCAGGUGGCGAUCACUGGGCAGCUUGGCGUGAAGCCCCAGGCGGGCAGCAGCGUGCCACUCACAGCCGCUAACUUCCGUAUCCAGGGUAAGGACGUGCUGCGCCUGCCGCCCUCAUCCAUCACCACGGAUGCCAAAGGCCAGACGGUUCUGCGAAUCACUCCAGACAUGAUGGCCACGUUGGCCAAGUCCCAGGUCACCACAGUCAAACUGACCCAGGACCUCUUUGGGACAGGAAGUGGCACUGCGGGCAAAGGCAUCUCUGCUACCUUACACGUCACUUCCAAUCCCGUCCACGCGGCUGACAGCCCUGCCAAGGCCAGUCCGGCCAGCGUCCCUUCAUCUACCCCAACAGGGACCACCGUGGUCAAGGUGACUCCUGACCUCAAGCCAACAGAAGCCUCAGGUUCAGCUUUCCGCUUAAUGCCAGCGCUUGGUGUGAGUGUGGCUGACCAGAAGGGGAAAACUACAGUGGCCUCUUCCGAAGCCAAGCCGGCAGCCACCAUCCGCAUCGUGCAGGGCCUGGGAGUGAUGCCUCCCAAAGCGGGCCAGACCAUCACGGUUGCGGCCCAUGCCAAGCAGGGGUCGUCAGUGGCCAGUGGGUCCGGCACUGUUCAUACCUCUGCGGUGUCCUUGCCCAGCGUGAACGCUGCCACGUCCAAGACUGUGGCUGUGGCUUCUGGCUCAGCCAGCUCCCCCAUCAGCAUUGGGACUGGAGCCCCUGCUGUGCGGCAGGUCCCCGUCAGCACCACCGUGGUCUCCACGUCGCAGGCUGGGAAGCUCCCAACGCGGAUCACGGUUCCACUCUCUGUCAUCAGCCAGCCUAUGAAGGGCAAGAGUGUGGUCACAGCUCCCAUCAUCAAAGGCAACCUUGGAGCCAACCUCAGCGGGCUGGGCCGCAACAUCAUCCUCACCACGAUGCCGGCGGGAACGAAGCUCAUCGCCGGCAACAAGCCCGUGAGCUUUCUCACUGCGCAGCAGCUGCAGCAGCUCCAGCAGCAAGGGCAGGCCACGCAGGUGCGCAUCCAGACAGUCCCUGCGUCCCACCUCCAGCCGGGAACGGCUUCUGGUUCCUCCAAAGCAGUCUCCACCGUCGUCGUGACCACAGCUCCGUCUCCGAAACAGGCUCCUGAUCAGCAGUGAUUCUGAGCGAGGAAGGUGGCCGCCGUGGACGCCACGCCUGGUCGGCCUCUUGGGCCGGGAGGCGGGAGCGGGCGGCCGCAGUGUCCCCCGAGCGUGUCCGUCUGAGGCAGGCCCGCGGUGGGGCGGGGCGGUGCGAGGGUUGCCGGGGUCCCGCAGUCUGUUCUGUCUGGCCCAGGAGGGGCUUCCCUGUGGGGCUGCGUGAGCUCGUGGUGGUCACACAGCCGGGCACUCUGCUGGGAGCUCGGCGCCGAGGCAGGCGGAAGGGCGUGAGGAGUGUGGACGGCGGAUGAGUCCCGCCCUGUGCUGGGCUUGUGCCUCUCAGCGUCUGCUCUUCCCUGUGACUGGUGUCUGGGUAGGAGUUUUGUGUCCGGAUGUUUUCAUGUAACUUAUUUUUUACAGACCCUGUUGUACAUGUUUAUUGAGUAGAAACUUGGGCUUCAGCUUGGCGCUCCUGACCCCACCCCAACCGAUUACUUACUCUUUUGACCAGAAUGAGAGAAAAUCAAGGUGCUUAGUAAGUUGGUGGCUGACUUGAUGACUCACGGUAACGGGGGGCAGGAAGAGGGGAAAGGAACGAAGGACGUGGAUGGUGUGUGUCCCUGAAGCGCGAUGAGUUGGCGCGACCUUACAGGCGAGGUGUCAGGAUCUUGAUGGUGGUCAGGACCUGCGCCUGCUGACUGCCCUCCUCAGGCCCGCUCCCGCGCAGGGCCAGGGCCAGUGGACAGAGCGGGCGGACGCCCGCAGGGACUGCCCACAGGGAGGCUGCAGCAAAAGCUUGGCUGCGGUUUGGAGACAAUACGUUUUGCUUUGCUCCAGAGCUAAAGUCAACAAACCGUUCCCCUGGGGCUGGCUACCUGUUUUUUUUGUAAAUAAAGUUUUAUUGGAACACAGCCCAUGCCCAUUCAUUUAUGAGUAUCUAUGGCUGCUUUCGGUUAGAAGGCAGACCUGAGUAGUUAUCAUAGAGACUGUGGCCUCAAGCCUGAAAUUUUUCUUCUGUGACUGUUAAGUGAAACUCUGCUCCAGAGUGGAGGCGGCAGGAGAGGAGUGUUGUGGCCACGAGGUAGACCUGGCCACGCGGGAGGCAGGUGUCGGGGUACAGUUACGUGAUCCCGGCUCCUCCACACUUCUCAGGCUCCAUCAAGCUAUAGGCAGAGCUCAGGACCGUAUUUUAAAAUGUAAUUAAAAGCACUGAUUGUUGAUAAUAAUCAACGCCUCUUUUGUGUUGGAGCAGGUGUUGGAUGGUAAAGCUUUUCUGCAGUGACAGGGCUUUUCUGCUCUCCUGAAAGUGUCCAGAUUAAAAACGUGUUUCUAAGCCAUGGAAACUUAGCGAUGAUCUUUAAUGGGGUCUGGCUGAGAAAGUGGAGCUAGAGGGUGAAGGAUUAGAAUGGCCUUGUUUAGAGGAGGGGAUUCCUGGGUGGAAGGUGAGCGAUUAGGCAAGUUGCAGACGUGCGGACAAGGUUAGAGUGGCCUGUUGGAUACGCAGUGGUCUUACUGAAGUUUGAUUCUUACAGCAGUUCUGUGAAAUGGACAUUAUCAUCCCUGUUUUAACUGGGAAGAUGCGGGUCUGAGCUGAAGUUAAAGGGAACCAAGGUGAAAGUGCAGUCUUCUGGUUGUAAGUCAGGUGACCUGCUGCUGCCUUCCAGUGGGAAGGAUGGCUGUGGUGUGUCCUGGUGACACGGGACUGUCCAGAGCUGGGGGUGGUGAGGCUGGCUUACAGAGAGCAGAGGUGAAUUGGCUGAGGUCGGAUGGAGCUUUUGAUGGGUAGUCGAGGUGGGUAAGAUUGGUGGUGGGGAGAGGAGGAGAGUGCAGGGAUGGAAGGAUGCUGGUCUUCCACCUGAGGAGAGGGGUGGUGUCUGUGUUUUAUGAUAACUGGGGUGUUUGCAUGGCGUUACUUCCAGGAGCCACAGUUCACGUGACAGUCCUGUGUGACGGUUUCCAAAUGAGAAAAAGGUAGAAAUUUGAGGGAUCCUGUCUCUGGUAUUUACUGCUGGUUAAAACAAACCCCUUCUAAAUUUACUUAACAAAUGAUUGCGUAAUUUGUUCAGCCUCAACCCUACCCCACACGUUUAUUUGCUAAAGUCACCUGAUUACCUGUCUCCUUGGUGCCCACAGACAUUUAUUUACAUCCUAGCAAACAGGUAUGUUUCAGGACGCCAGUGUAGGAUUGACGCCCAGGUAAGUGUGAUCUGGUACUUCGUGCCCAGCCUGCCAUUGGGUACCAUGCAACAGUGCCCCCCCGUUGGAGCUGCUCAAAUGAGGUCACCGGCAUUUGCAUCAGUCAUGGUGCCUUGGACACAGACCUCAGGGUUCUUGUAGAGACGUGGUAGCUGUCGUGGGUGUUUUGAGGGAACAAGUCCAGAAGAACUUGGUUGAGAGGCUCGCAGGCUGGCAAGAUUACACAGACCGUGCUUCUGACGCUAGGUUUGGUGAGUGGCAUUGUGAUGCGUUUGUGCUUUACUGCUGCAGCUGAGAAUGUUUAUAUGGGCUGAUCACUUCCAUGAAGGUGUCUCAGACCCUGGCGUGGGAGGAGCAGCAAAACAGAUUUUAAUCCUUCGUAUCUGAUCUUCACACCUCAGCGCCCCACUCUGGAGAGCAUGCUACAUUUCCUUAAAGAUUCCCCCACCCUCACUUUUGAAGUUUAAAAUGGAGACCUUUCUGUGAGAGUGAAACUGGGAAUAGCUUCCUUCUUCCCACCUCUGGUCUUAAGGAAGGAGCAUGUUUUAUACCAGGUGCCAACAAUAGAUUCUCCAGAACUUGCUGAGUGAAGGCUUGGGUCCCACUCAGCAGGCAAAGCAAAGUGGGUCCUGAAACGGGACCCCCAGGCUCUCCUCAUAAUUCAGUCAGUGUUUCCAAGUAGCUCAUUCUUAACCCCUGAGAUGUGCCUUCAGCUCUGGGGUGGUGGCGGUCCGUGGGAGGUUGCCUUUCUUGCACGUACAGCAUUUCUUCUUCCCAAGAGCAUGAGUGUUUCGCACAGAUGGUCUGUGCUGCAUUGGGUUAGGUGGCAGAGGGAAUGGCGAGAGGAGUUGGCUUUGAGUCCUCCCAAGGACUGGCUUGAGGGCUGAGCAGGUGUGUGACCCCGGGCUGAGCCGGUUCUCCGAAGUGCCUGGCAUACCUGCGGUGCAGGUGGUCGUGAGAAUCACACGAGCUUCAGCACGUUUCGGAGUCUGAGAGGUGCUGUGCAGGUGAGCGGCACUGCCGGUCCAGAUGCCCUCUCCGCUGUGUCCCGACCCACUCCUGCCGGUUUCUGGGACUUGAACUCCCCGGGUUCCUUUGUGCUCUCGUUGUCUCCGUGCGUGCGGGCUUCUGGGCCUGGGAUGUGAUUUUCCUGUAGGGCAGACUCCCCGUUUCUCCCUGCUCAUCUCCCAUGGCUGUUGUCCUUAUGCCUGAGGGCACCAGUCACCCUGCCCGAGACUGCUUGUACCUCUCCCUUUAGACCGAAUCCUUGCUGGACACGUAUUUCGUUAAUCCGUACGACCAUUUCAGUACUGGUACAAAGCAGAUGUUUAAUAAGUAUUUGUUGAAAGAAGUUAAAAAAAAAAAAAAAGAACAGAUCCAGAACCAAGACUCGAGCAUCAAGACUUUGUGUUACUCAUUCAAGAUUCACGUCCUUCACAGGGUUCUUAUCCUUUGCUUUCAGCUAAAUUCAGGGCGUUCCAUAACGUGACGCUUUUCUCUCUACCUCAUUACAGGGAUUUCCUCUUAGGAAAUCCUAUUAGGGUACUUCUGAGGAGUCAGACCGUCUGAGUUCCAGCUCUCAGCUGGGCCACUAACUAGCUUCCUGAUUAAAAAAAAUCACCUUUGGCCCAAGUUUGUUAUUUAUCGGCAGUGAGUGGUACUGCAUGACUCUGGAAUGUUGAUUAUUUUGAAGAUGUUUAAUAAGUAAUAUUUAAAACACCAAAGCAUAUGAAUUAUUUUACUUCAAAAAAUACAUACUGGAAUUAAAUGUCUAAAAUAAACUCUGUCAGUCAUUUACUUUCUGAAAGUACUCGAUUUCUGGAGAGGAAAAGGGCUAAAUUAUUAAAAGCAGUAAGUUCUGCUGGAUGCAUAUCCUGAAAUCAUCCAGAAGGUCACUUCCUGUUCAGAAACUUUCACGGUCCGAUUUCUCUUCACACUGAGAUGCAGUUAAAGGCUUGCUUCAGUUUUCUUUACAAAGGAUACCACACCAACCAGAUUUUAGUCGGUUAGAUGAGGAGGUGCAAAUAUACAGAUCCUGAGAGGACCACAGUGAGGACUGAAGUGGAGGAGGUGAGCCACACGGUUGACCGCCAGCUGUGGGCGUGCAGGGGACACAUCCAUCCUCCACUGGCCGAUGGGUGACCGGCCACCUCUAGUCCUCAUCCGAGCCACCCAGGAGGGCUGUCUGGUAGGUGUGAUCUGACUUCAGCUUCUGAAUCCCAAUGAUUUCUCUUUCUCCGUGUCUCUUGACUCGUGUCAGAAAGCUGUAACAGAAACAGUGAGAGCAAUUGAGGGUAGCCCCCAGGUCCCCACAUUCCCUCGGCUGAGGAUGCGGGGGCCUCUGCUGGUGCUUAAAGCAUUCUCUCUCUCUGUUUAUCAAAUACUGUGAUUACUUGUCCACAUGCCUGACUUCCCAGACAGUAUUCUUUGGUGGAUAAAAGAACUCAUGAUCGAUACUAUUUAACGGUUAGUGUCGUAACUGAGACUAAGCUCAGGUCUCUUGUCCGCGGUUUGUUUCACAGACCAGGCAGUGGACCAAAAGGAAACCAUGAGCUCGCUUCCCUUCUGUUUGGUCCCCGUGGAACUCUCUGGGUGAAGUGUCUGCCUUCAGUAGGGAAGUCAGGGACUAGGAGGGAGCAGGGGGCGGCUCUGAUGACACAGAGCUCAGCGAGCCGGGGCUGAGAGCCUGGAACGCGGUUGCAGUCUCGGGCUCUGCGCUUGCUCCCUGUCUUGGGCUCUGCGCUUACUCCCUGGGCCGCCCUGAUCCCAUGCUUCAGUCUUUCCAAGCCUUGGUUUCCCCAUCUCUACACAUCACGUGCACGCUUCAUCAGGUGAGCGUCAUGUGGGGUAAUUUAAUAUGCAUCACAUGCUGACCGCAUCGCAGGGACACGGUCCGUGCCUGGGAAUCACUGUCUGCUCUGGCAAGCCCUGGGAGCGCUCGGAGAGCGCUUGCUGCCCCGGCGUUUAUCUGCUGACUGCAUGUCCGUGAAAGUCAGGCAAACCAAGAAAUGGUGGGAUGGGCUCGGAAUGAACCAGGGACAGCAGGCACUGCGAUCCAGGACCAGUGCCUAUUCAGAGUGUCUCCCAUCACACCGCUGUGACCAGACAGGCCCUUUAACUUCCCAAGCCCUGUCACCCUUGUUCGCAGGCGUAGAGUACCUUGCACAGGACUUGGCGCUCACUGAGAGGUGGAAGUUAGCACUGCUUGGUUGUGAAAGGCAGGUCAGUGAAGGUAACAGUGAUGCAGUGCAGUGCAUUUCAGGGCAGGGGGCUGGUUAAGAGGAUGACCUUGGACGUACCAGUGAACAAGUGAGUAGCUGAUGGCCACUGUGCAGAGGGCGGCCAGGUAGUGCCAGCUGAAGCACAUGGUGAUGAACAUGAUGUUGUUGUGGUCACUCUGGUCCCAUUCGGGUCCUCCGAAAGGCGGAAACAGCACGAACCCGAUCUGGUGGGUGAUGCAGAGAAGCCGCCUUGUCAUCCGUGGGGGCCAAGACACCCCUGGCCCCCUGUGGCUGCCCGAGUUGUCAGCAGCUCCCCACCACCUCACCCCCAUACCCUGUUAGUAUCAGAAGGCCUCUUGCACAGGAAAUGUUUCUAAGUUAAUCCUGAGUUCAGUGUAGCCUUACUUAAAACAGUAUCAGAGCUCUUGUCUAUUGUGAAGUUUGGCAAGUGGAGCCUGUAAGUGGCGUCAGUCCCUCCCCUGGGGAGAGCAGACGGGGCGGUCCCCUGCCUGCUGGCUGUGCGUGCUCUGGAGGCACAGCGCCAGCAGCAGGAUGUUAAUGGGAGAGGCCACACAGGUCAGGGGUGGGCGCAGGCAGGGCAGCGGCUUCUGACCCCUCCGCGUGGCACCUAGUGCUGCGUCUCCUGGACACACUCGGUGAGGCUGCUUCAUCCAUGUACAGGGUGAGGGGCAUGGUUGGGGGUAAUUACCUGCCAGAACCAGGUGCCCUGAAGGAUAGCGAGGCUGGUUCGGAAGAGUUCCAGCACAAUGUUGUCCCGAAGGAUCACUUCCAAGGCAAUGCUGAGAGCCCCUCCAAACACGGCGUACAGCAGGAGGGAAUGGAUGUGCUGGUCCAGCGGCGGCCGGUUGUGGACGUGGUAGUAGAAGAGAAAGCCUGCAGCGCAAGGACGGCCGUCAGCCCCCAUUUCCACCCAGAGGACCCAUCCCUGCUUUAGCCUCGUUAGGACACGUCUGUCUCCCAGUUAGAUUUUCCACCCCUAAGGAAUCACUUUAUGUAACACUGGAGCAGCAAGCUGAUGCAGUUAAAUUCAUUGCAUGAGCGUGUGCCUCGUGUGAGAGCAGGUGUGAGCAGCGAAGGAUGUGUCUUGUAUCUCUUUACAGAAUCCGUGGUAGGUUCUGUGUGAUGGGCUGGUGAGACACGUUGCUGAUGUGUGACAGUUCUCAUGUGUGUGUACUUUCAGUUCAGUCUCAUCCUCAUUUCAACCUUUUUUCACCGCUUCCUGAGGUACAGAUGUAAAUAAGGUGGCUGGAGUACAGAAUGCUCCUUUUAGCCUAGCUAACAUGAGUCACGCUGGGAGGUCUGUCCUAGCUGCCGGGCAGGCUUCCUGGGACGUGUGACGGAGUCCAGACAGUCAUACCCAGGGUGGGGUGGGGGCAGUCUCUCCCCUAACCAGGUGGGCACCCCAAGUCUCCCGUGAGGGGCGAGGCGUUUGUGUGCUGUCAGCUGGAGCUCGGGCUAAAAGCCUCGUGCUUUCAUGUGCUGCUUUAGGGGAUGUGUCGUCUGAACCAUCCACAGCACAGGACCGGGUCCUGUGCAGGUUUCUGAAGCUCAAGGAUUGGGAUUUUCUGGGGAAGUUUAUUAAAUUAGUGGUAUUUCUGGUAGUUUGUCCUCCGAUCCCUCUCAACAUAGCCUGGCAGUCUCCGUUUCCAUUUCUCCAUCCAAACCACCCAGUUACCUUCAUUGAACACCGCCACAGCCAUGACCAGCCUGUCCAGCCCCACGGGGGUGUGGGCGCUAAGGUAGGUGAGCAUGUCCGCGACUCCCGAGGCGGCGAAGAACAGGUACAUGGUGCUGUGCUGCCAGUUCAUCAGCUUCACCCAGUGGCUCUCUUGGGACAGGUGGAGGUGGGGCCCGUCUGGAACAAACUGCUCUGCCAGGACCCCUGCGGGGAGACAGGGGUGCAGGUUGGGGGAAGAGCAGCUCCAGGACAAGCAGCCAAGUACCCCAAGUCAUGCAUGGGGGCUGCGAUUCCGGGGACCUGCUUUGCUGCCUCAGAUGCAGCCAUUUCAGUACAAAAUAAGUGUUUGCUGGAGAACCCGUAGGGCCGUGUUGCCUUUGUUGUGGUUCCUUUAGGGGAGGAGUGGGGGUAGGAGCAGUGAUAGAAACGUAGCCACAUGGGUCCCCAGGAUGUUUGUCCAGCAGCUGAGAUGACAGAAGGACACUGUCACUGAAGUGAGAGUUUGGGUGAUAGCCACCUGUGGGUUCCCCCGCCAAGUGAGCCCUGAAAGAUCUGGAAGGAAGCAACUCGGUUUAAAAUGAAAGGACCCCAUGAGACACACUGGUGGUGGACAGACCCUUGCUCCCAGGUGUGUUCGCUUCCUACGGGCUUGGAGGUGGGGGUCCUUCCCACCACGCCGGGUCUCCCAGACGCCGGGAGAACAGGGCUGUUACCCCGGUGUUUCUGGCCUCACUGAAGCUCGGGACACAGGCGCAGCAGAGCCACGGGGCCUCGCUCACUUCUUACUCCUUCUACCUUCAUCACCUCUCUUGGAAGCAGGAGACUGGUCUCUCAUCCGGUGCCUAAAGUGUUCUUGGAGCCUAGAAUAAAUCCUCCGUGAUGACACUCUGGACCCUGUUCCCAAACCGGCCUCUUCCUGAAUUCACGUGUCAAGGCUGUAAGUGUUGGUGGAGAUGUCCCAGUGACAGGCGAGCAGGAGCCGUCCGAGAGCGGGGACUGCCUGGCCCCCGGCGGCAUCCCUGACACUGAGACAGCGAGCCCUGGGCAUGCAGCAGGAGCCCAGGAGGUCAUUGUUGGAUGAGUAGUAGUUCCACCCGGCAGAGAGGUCUAGUAGUAGUUUCCUAGCUUUACUGAGGCCAGGCCGGUGCGGUCCUUACCAUGUAAGUCACUUGGGCCCUAUCACGUCUCAGCUUCAGAGAGAGAACCGGGUGCCCGGUGAAUGGGAAGGUGCGGUGGACUCUGCUCACUCCAAGAGGAGCCACUGCCCUUGCUUUAGUUCCUCAGCGGGACUGUGGGCCACAGGGGACAGGUGGCCAGAUGCCGCUGCAGGCUGAGAUCCCUCACUGCCCGCGUGAUGGGCUGCUGGCACUGCUUGUUCCCUGAGGGCCACCAGUGAGGCGGAGAGGCCGACAGGUGACAGUGGAAGGGGGUGGGCUUUGUUGGAAUGGGGCUCAGCGGAGGAGAAACCCCUGGACUGACCCUCUGCUCGGUGGCCCUUUUCACCCUUGCACCGCCUCUCGCCAGCCUCUGGCAUGAUUUCCCCGUCUCUGAGUGCCUGCGUGUGGGCGUGGGGGACGUGCUGUGAGGGGCUGUUAACUACGACUGCAAUUCUGGUGGAGGGACAACUGGGGGGAGAAAGGUGUUUUUCCUAAAACUAAGCUCCAUUUAGUACUUACAACUCGUGCAUGAGUUUACGCUGAUUUUUUUUUUCUAUUUUUAUCUUUUUCAUGAAGUAUGUCUUCUGUUUAUACAACUUAUGUCAUGUUCCUACAAAUUAUACCUACAUCCUUCUGUGGUAAAGGAUGCAGUUUAUUUGGUAGUUUUUCACAGUGUACUGUGAUGUCAGGUGCUAGUAACUGUCAUUGGUACACAGCUCGGUACACAGUAGAUGCUGUGAUAAAAUAUUUAGUACUCAACCGAACAUCCAUGUUCUAUUAUUCCUGCUAGUGGAGACAUCCAUUUCACAGGGUCCAGAAAAUGAAUUACAGGCUCUGGGUAUGACAGGGAGAUGCCCUGGGCCAGAUCAACCAUCCUUACCAAUGACCGAAAAUAAAGUUCUGAUUGCAGCUUCAAUGAUCUCCAGACGCUGAUAGUAAUGAGUCAGUUGGCUGCUUUUCCCCUUUCGGUGAAAGUACUUCAGCGGGUACUUCACUGACCACCACAGUCCAACUAUCAAGAAGAAGCUCCCCGGGAGAGCGUGGCCCUUGAAGUUUGCCAUCACAGUCCAAGGACACCUAAAUAAUAAGGAAACAAUUGUUAGGUGGCUGAAUGGAGGAAAAAACACAUGUGGAUAUUUCGGCAGGAAACACAAUACAUGACUGACAAUUCCAAGUUGUAAGUCGUAUUAAGAAGGAGCCCCUCAUUCUCAUUGAAUAAGCCUGUGUUCCGUCUUUGGAAUCUUGUCUGCUAAGUGAGUUACAAGCCCAAGAACCACUGGCCCCGAGGCCUUAAAAUCGUGGGUAAAAUAGAUGAGAAAAGGAGGGUGGGUGAAUAUUUCAUGAUCUUAGGGUAGAAAGCCUUCCUAAACAUAAGGAGGGAACUAGAAAGGAAAAACCGUCACCUGUAUGAGCAUUUUACAUAUCAAACACGCCGGAAGGCGAACAGUUUGGGGAAAACGUUUGCAGUAGCUGUGAUGAGCGGAUAGUCCAUUGAAGAGCCUUUACAAAUGAAUAAGAAAAUGACCACAGAAGAAUGGGCGAAGCAUGAGCCGUGCAAUUCACAAAAUAACAAACUGAUGAUAAACUUCACUUAAAGAUAUGCAAAUGAAAGCACUGUUGUAUUUCACCUAAUUUGAAGAAUUAAGAGUUUUGAUGCCGCCCUCUAAGUGUAAAUGAACACGGUCAUUCAAACUUGGUAAAAUGAGAGCCUGCCAUUCAGCCCGAGGUGCGUGCGGAGAGGGGAGCCUCAGCCCUUCCGUGACUCACUCCUCUGGUUUUCCCUGUGAAAUUCCCAGUUGGUCUGCUGCUCACCCAGCUGGUCCUGUGACCUCAGGCUCACAAGCAGGGCGUGUCCGUGCUCGGUCCAUGCUAGUCUGGAAAGCCAAGGAUUUCCAACUCCCCAUCACCGCCCUGAACUGCGUCUGUUUCCUGGGAGCAGAGCACGUGCCACCUUACAUAAAAGUCAUUGACUGAGUGAGGGGGACCCUAUUAGGGUGCUGCUGAAAAGGUCAUGGUUUCCCACCAUUCUCACCUGAAGUUCUAAUAGUUUCUCAAGAAUAAAUGCUUCUGUUGAGGAUUUAGUGGAACUGCUCUGUAAUAUCACUGCCUUGGUCCCCUUUUGUGUGGCAGGUGACCUACAGGGUGUUUGAAUUGACACUCCCCUCCUGCGAGCGUGCCCUGGAUACGGCUGCAGAGUCCCAAGUGAAUGUGAUAAACAGUCUCCACGUCCCAGGCCUUCCCCUCUUGGAUAAGACCCCUGCAAAGCUUACCAAAACCCUGCUUUUUGGUUUGAAUUGCCCAAUCUGGCCUGCCCGGGAACCCUAACGCACUCCAUCUGUGGACCCUGAUGAAGGCUUGAAUACCUGGUCCUGCCUGUUUCUCUGCUGGCACCCUGCCUUGACCUCCCCGUGUGGCCCUCAAGGCAUGCUCUGUACUUCUCCAGGACCUGUAUUUGAGGUGGAAGACAGGUGUCAAAAAGAGAAGGCGGCCGAGUGGGGAGCGAGGGAAGGAGGUACCCGGGAGCGGGGUGGGGAGAGGGUGCAGAGGAGAGGAGAAGCGCAGUUAAUGCCAUUUGCCCGUGGUUUCAAAUAAAACUUGCCCCGAUGGCUUUUCUUCAGUAAAUCUGACGUUUUCCCUGUUUCAGACAGGGCGAGUAGGAGCAGUGAAGGAAGGGGUGUGUGUAGACGGGCGAGAGGAUCAGAAAAAGCAGCAAGAAAAGUGAAUUUUGUUUUCUUCCUCAAGUGCUUAGGCUUUACAACCCCCAAGACGAGCGGAACCGAGGCCUUGGCAUUCACAGCAGGGGAAGGAUUAAAACCAGUUUUCCUGAAUUUGUGGCGACAGGAUACAAAUACAUAGACUAGCAGCUGUCACAGCCUGGGCCUCUGCUUAGUUCCAGUUGCGCCUUUUUUGCUUCCUGUGUUCACCACGGGGUCGCCUUCACCGUGGAGUGUUGUGGAGCCGUUAACAGAAAUGAACUAGCGCUGUUACAACCUGCUGUUCCGUAAGAUUUUCCACGAGGUGGUGUUGGGGGAGACAGGCAAGAGGGAAAAGACUACUUGUAAUACGACCUCAUUUUGUGCAGCAGUGAUAACGUUCCUUAAUGCUGCUCAUUUCUGGCUCUGUCUUCUAGACAUGUGGUAUGGUUGCACUUUUUGGUCCCCUGGUAGCUGGACGGGGUCUUGUGAGUCUUGAGUAGAGGUGACGUGUUAAUUCUGGGCUGAGACACGUAAUUGCCAGUUCAAGACCUCAGAACACGAGCCUCUCCCUCAUCACUAUCCGUACGCAUCACGGUAGUUCCUCCGACAGCCUGGAUCCCAGAGUGGGGAGACAUGAGCCGAGCCCCAAACCCACCACGAUGAACACAUGGCAUGAGAAGUCAACAGAAUGUGCCGCUCAGCUUUGUGGGCUGUUUUUUAUCAGCAUAACCUAACCGGUUUUGAAUCAAACAGCUGUAUACCAGGUUAACACGUUACAAGUGGACACUCAGGCUUUUGUAGGUUUAUUAUUGUUUUUUUUUAAAGUAUUGAAAAGUGAUUAAAUCCAAGGAAGAAGUAGUUGUGGUACCAUAGGAACAGCGGAAAUUGUACCCAAAAUGUGCCGAGGGCAGUUUUGGCAAAUUCUCUCUGGAGCUGCCCUGACUCCCCACCUCCCUGCCUGACAUCAGAUAGACGCAUUUUCUCUUUUGAAAUGGUGCGUGAGUUCUUCCACCCCCAGGCUGUGGCCCUGCCUUGAAGACAUCGUUAGAAUUCAGGUGGCCAGCGGCCUGUCAUGUUGCAGAGCUAAGUGCAGGUCCAUUGCUCGAGUGCAGCAGUUCUCAGUGGGGGACCAUUUGGAGAUAUUUUUGGUUGUCACAGUGGGGGUGAGGGGUGGUGGUACCGGCAUCCAGUAGGAAGAGCCUAGCAGUGCUGCGGAACAUCUGAUGUUCAGGACAGUCCCUCUCAGCACAGGAUUCUGCAGCCCCAAAUCUCCUAGUGCUGAGACUGACACCCUGCUCUUCUGAGCCAGCUUCCUGGUUUUCUUUUUCUAUAGGAAACAGAAAACAGGCUGCCUGCCUUUCUUUGUUAUUCAUAUCGGUGCUCUCCUCCCUUGAAAACUCUGUGGAUUAUAAGCCUCCUUCCCUAGCAGAUUUUUCCUUGCUGUCCAUGCCCUUAAAAAAAAA